AUGGACAAUACAACUGCCGCAAUAAAGUCCGCAAGCGAAGCUGCUAUAUCAGAACAAGAUGCUCUACACGGGUUAACUUGGUGGCAAAAGGCAGUUGUGUACCAGGUGCUCGUACCGAGUUUCAAAGAUACCAAUGGUGAUGGUCACGGUGAUUUGCUAGGCAUAGCAGAGAAUCUAGACUAUUUAGCAGAAUUGGGUAUCAAUAUUGUUUGGCUCUCGCCGAUAUUUGAGUCACCCAUGGCUGACAUGGGUUAUGAUAUUAGUGACUAUAAAAAGGUCAAUCCGCUUUACGGGACCCUUGAAGACUUGGAGCUUGUUAUCAGGAGCGCGCACGAGAGAGGAUUGAGAAUUAUCCUCGAUAUAGCCCUUAAUCACACUUCUUCUCAACAUGAAUGGUUCCAGGCUUCUCGAAGAUCAAGGCGUACACCGAAUGGACCUAAGAAAAACUGGUACAUAUGGAAUCCAGGGAAAAUCGAUAAUGAUGGGAAUCGAAUUGCCCCAAACAACUGGGAAAGUGCUUUCGGGGGCUCUGCAUGGACUUGGGAUGAUGAGGCAGGUGAAUUCUAUCUACAUCUCUUCGGCGAAACGCAACCAGAUCUCAAUUGGGAUUGUGUCGAGGUCCGUGAUUCGUUAUAUGAUAUUCUCAGAUGGUGGCUGGACAAAGGCAUCGAUGGGUUUAGGCUUGACUGUAUGAAUCUGAUAUCGAAGACGCCCGGCUUCCCUGAUGCGCCGGUAUCCAAGGCUGGCUCUUAUUAUCAGCCAGCCAACUGUCUAUUUGCUAAUGGUCCCCACGUCCAUGAAUAUAUACAAGAAAUGAACGAAAAGGUGUUAUCAAAAUACGACGUCGUCACGAUAGGGGAGAUGUCCUGCGGCGUUACACCUGAGCAAGCAAUUGAAUACACGUCUAAAUACAAAGCUCGACAUGAGCUGAACCUUGUGAUUCAAUUCCAGCAUGUAGAGCUAGACUGUCAUGACGGCGACAAGUGGCUGCUCCGUGAAUGGGAACUGCCAGAAUUGAAACGUAUAGUUACAGAAUGGCAGACAGCUUUGAUCAAAUCUGGGGGCUGGAAUACUCUCUGGACGGAGAACCAUGACCAGCCAAGAGGUAUUUCACGAUUCACCACAUCUAAUCCGAGAUUUCGAGCCCUGUGUGCGAAGCUCUUAGCGAUAUGGUUGUUCACCAUGCAAGGAACCGUUUUCAUCUACCAGGGCCAAGAGCUUGGUAUGAUUAACCCCGGCUGCUUCUCAGAGGAGUUGAACAAGGAUAUUGAGACCGUUACGUUCUGGAAGGCAGCGUCUGAAGCUUCUCAAAACGGCCAUCCAGAUCGAGCGGAAAACGCAAAGAAGGCAAUCAUACAAAAAGGCCGAGAUAAUACCCGUGUUCCUAUCCAAUGGACCGACGCACCCCACGGGGGGUUCACCUCUCCUUCAGCGGAGCCUUGGCUGCCUUUAUGUCGCGAUGGCAAUGAGUGGUGUAUAGAAACUCAGCGCAAAGACGAUGACUCAGUAUAUAAUUUUUACCGUGAGAUCAUCCGUCUUCGUGGACAACAUCCGACUCUGUUCUGCGGUACCUAUGAAUGCCUCGAUCCCGAUAAUCUCAGAACUUGGACUUACACCAGACGCUCAAAGAAUGGUUUAUAUCUCGUCAUGUUAAACUUUUCUUGUGAUGCUGUGGCAUCGCGACCAUCUGAGGAAGGCUUAACGUUGAGAGACGCAAAACUAGUAAUAUCUAACUAUAAAAAUACAUCUGACCCCAACGACGAGCCAGUUGUCAUGAGACCAUUUGAGGGUCGACUGUAUCAGCUAAGGGUUGAUGAUCCUAUCUAG